AUGCAGAGCCUCGCGGCAUAUUUCCAGACAGUUCUUGGCGGCUCAACUGCCAUUGAUAAAGCCGUCACAGUAACCACAAAAGCCCAGAAUAGAGCUCAAAUGACUUUGCCGUUUAAACUCUUACUUUCUCAUCUUACUUCAACCUUCGUCAAGGCCAACAUGCAGGGAAGCGAAGGUCGAAAGCUUGCCCUGACAAAUGUGGGAACCUUGACGGGUGACGAGUACCUUGAUGGUAUUACUACAUGGGACCUCGCAGCGCAUAUUUAUACUUCGAUUCGCACCAUCAACACCACAGACAAGGAUCAGAAAGCUGCGGAAACAAUGUCUAUGAAUAUUUCAGAUGUACCGGCAGCCCCUAUCCAUAAUACAGAUGGUAGGCCAUGGUGGUAUCGGUGGGAUCCCACUCAAGUGUACCUCACCGACGAAACGGUAGAUGAGUCCUGGAAAAUCUGCACGCUCAACGGAGUGUACUUCUCAUCACAGGAAUACAGCGGAAAUACGGGCGGUCGUAUUUCUUCUAUCUUUGUUAUUCUGGUAACCUCUUUGAUUGUCACAGUCUUCCCUGUUCUUGCUACUCGUAUCAAGUGGCUGCGUAUCCACAAAACCAUCUAUGUUGUUGCCAAAAACUUUGGUACCGGUGUCAUCAUUGCUACAGCUUUCAUCCAUCUUAUGGAUCCUGCGUACGCGGCCAUUGGUCCGCAGUCGUGCGUUGGGUCAACCGGCAAUUGGUCAAAAUACUCCUUCGCUCCGGCCAUUAUGCUUGCUGGAGCCACAAUUACCUUUUUGAUUGACACAUACAGCGACUUUUUUGCUCAGCGAUGGCGUGAGAACCGAGGAAUCUUCGCCCAUGGCCAUUCCCACAACGUCGACGACUUGAUUCUCGGUGAAAAUCGGAAUGAGACUCCUGGCGGUCAAAUAGAAGCUGUCAGUCCCAGCCUUUCGAGGGAUGAGGCUAAUUCGACACAAGACAAAGGUGGAGAUGUAAGUGAAGACACUGUGUCCCAAAACAGCGACCUGUUUGACUUCUACUCCCAGAUCUACGGCUUUAUGAUUCUGGAGUUUGGUAUCAUCUUCCACUCGGUCAUGAUCGGUCUGACCUUGGGCACUUCCGAUGAAUAUGCCACGCUCUACGUUGUACUUGUGUUCCACCAGGCUUUCGAGGGUCUGGGUAUUGGCGCCCGUUUGUCAAUGAUUCCUUUCCCCGAAUCGAAAAAAUAUCUGCCUUACCUUUUCUGUCUCGGCUAUGCAUUGGCAACUCCCAUUUCCAUUGCAAUUGGUCUUGGCGUCCGUUAUACUUACCGCGAUGACGGGUACACCGCGCAGGUUGUGAGUGGGUCCCUAGACUCUAUUUCCGCAGGCAUUCUGCUCUACACAGGCUUUGUUGAACUGCUCGCACGCGACUUUAUUUUCAACCCCAAGCGAACCAGAUCGGUUUGGGACCUCACGUUCCAACUCUUUGCUCUGCUGUGGGGUGCUGGGCUGAUGGCCAUGCUCGGAAAGUGGGCCUAG